AUGAGUUCUUCGGCAGGUCCGAACGUGUUUGCAGGAUUUACAAAACUUUGUAAAGGCCUAGUGUUCGUUCUUGUUUGUGUACACGUUGCUGUUCAUAUCUUCCCUACAUCCCUUACCUAUGUUGCACUCAUUCCUGCCAGGACAAUUCCUUUCGGUUGGAAUCUCUUAACAGCUGGUUAUAUUGAACAAAGCAUACACGGGAUUCUUAUUAGCACAAUCGGUCUUCUUUUCAUUGGAAAGCUCCUUGAACCCAUCUGGGGUUCUAGAGAGUUCUUGAUAUUCAUCUUUGUUGUCAAUCUCUUGACUUCUCUGUGUCUAUUCAUCAUGGCCAUCUCCUUGUAUUACAUAACAAUGGAGGAAAAUUAUCUUUACAUGCCUAUUUCUGGAUUUGGUGGGGCCCUUUCAGGUCUCUUAGUUGGUGUCAAACAGAUAGUUCCUGACCAAGAAUUCUCUCCAUUGAGAAUUAAAGCAAAGUGGUUGCCAUCUAUGGUGUUAUUUGUGUCUAUUGUUAUGAGCUUCUUUACAGAAGAGCCAGCAGAAACAUGCUUUCCAAUUUUGAUAUUUGGAACGUAUAUUGGUUGGAUCUAUCUCAGAUACUUUCAAAGAAAACAAGAAACUAAAAUCAAGGGUGACCCUAGUGAUGAAUUUGCUUUUUCUACUUUCUUUCCUGAAUUUUUAAGACCUUUGAUUGAUCCCAUUGCUUCAGUUUUUCAUCAAAUGAUGUGUGGAAGGUCUGAAAGUUCCAUUGAGACAAGGGGGUAUACUGUAGGUAGUGCUGCAUUACCUGGUUCUGACUCCAUUGAGGCAUCUAGGAGAAGGGAAAGGGGUGCAAGAGCAUUGGAAGAAAGAUUGGCGUCUGACAGAUUUGCAGCUAAAGGAAGGACAACAGAGCCCAAAAGAGAUGGAAGUGAAAAGGUUUAA